AGGACUUCACCUGGAGAGGAGGACGGAGAUUACUGCGCUACUGUAUUGAGCAUCUCUGCUCUGGAGUGCAGCCAGCAAAACAUGAAGCUGGAGGUUUUUUCCACCACUCGCAUCAAGGACAAGGAUGCGCUCGGUGAGGCUGAAGUGAAGUCUCCGCUGUGCGCUGAGGAGGAGCUGGGAUCGGAUGGAGACUGCGCGGCGCACAGCCCGGCCCCCGCGGCGCGCCUUUCCGGCGCACCGGCCAAGCCGUACACACGCAGGCCCAAGCCUCCUUACUCAUACAUCGCCCUCAUCGCGAUGGCCAUUCGGGACUCGACCACAGGCCGCCUCACACUGGCUGAAAUAAAUGACUAUUUGAUGAAAAAGUUCCCGUUUUUCCGUGGCAGCUACACCGGCUGGCGGAACUCCGUGCGGCACAACCUGUCUCUGAACGACUGCUUUCUGAAAGUGCUGCGGGACCCAUCGCGCCCCUGGGGGAAAGAUAACUACUGGAUGCUGAACCCGCACAGUGAGUACACUUUCGCAGACGGCGUUUUCCGGCGCAGGAGGAAGCGCAUUGGUAAAAAACCUCUAAAAGACUUGGAAGCGCUGACUGGAAACACCAGCGCGCCUGUGCGCCAGGAGAACAGCACCAGGUUUUCGAGCUCCUUCGCCAUCGACAGCAUUCUCAGUAAACCAUUCAGAUGCCGAGACGAAGCAAAGGAAGCAGUUUGUCGCGGCACUGAGCUCAUGUUGCCUCACUUCAUGCCCCUGGUCGUGAGUUACCCCCUGGUCGCGGCACCGUUAUUCCCUGCAGCCUCACGUGCGUCUGAAGGGCCCAGAUGCGACUCCUUAAACUUAACGAAGCGCGCUUCUGAUUUGCAGAGUCACCUCCAGGAUCUGCCACAUCCCCACAUCACCCUUUACACUGCACAGGAAGCCCGGCACCACCCCUUCAGAAUUGACUCUUUACUUUCCUGAGACGCGCAGCCCAUCCCGGUCCUGUGCACUCUUUCUGUUGUAUGGUCUGAAAACUUUUAGGUGAUUUGCUGUAAGUAAUGUAACUGUCAUUCACUGUGGACGCAAACAGGAAGCCCAGACCUUCUCAAUGUGGCACCAGCGUUCAGGCAUUGCGUUCACUUUACUGAUGUUUACUAAUUUCUUUUUAUUAUUUUUUAUUUAUCAUAAGCGAUUCGGAAAUGUGGUAUUGAAGUGUAUAUAGUUUGUGCCAGUGACGCUGUUUGGUCAGAAACCUUUGCUAAUGUUGAUAUGUGGAGAUGAUUUGUGUGAGCUGCGCUCCACCACACGGACACGACUGUAUCACUGAAAUGUUUGUGAAUAAAGAAA